ACACACACACGCACACCCCACAGCCUCCACGCGCCUCAUCUCCUUCAUCAAAGCCAGAGCAACAGAGAGGGAGAGCAGUGACGGAGGAACAACAUCAGCCUCACUGUCAAGCCUCUCCCUCACUGGGGGAGACAGGGGUGAAAGGGAGAGAGGGAAGCAGAGAGGAGACGUGGCGUGGGAGAGCGGCAGCAAAAACAGUGGGACACAAGUUUUUACUUGGCGAGGGAAACUAAUGAGGGAGAGUUUGGAGUAGGAGCUCCGCCGUUUCCUUCCCCGUUUUGGCCGCGAGCGCUACCUGCUUCCUCUCCUCCUCCCCCUCCUCCUCCUCCCCCCCCCCCCCUCCGCCCCCCCUCCCCCUCCUUUUUUGCUCCUCUUCUCACCCCGACUUUCCUCUCCCAGCUCCCGCCGUGGGGUCUCAGCUCUCCGUCUCCCUCCCCCCCUCCCUCGCUCCCUAUCUCCCGCGCGCCCUGCUGGGAGCCUCCGGGCUGCUGCGGCGCAGGAGGAUGUCUCGCCGGGGGUCGUCGCCGCCGCCGCCGCCGCCCUCGCCCCCUCCGCCCCCGCAGAUGCUGGGCGUGCGGCGGGGGGACGCGGACUGCGAGGACCGUCCGGAGCGCGCGGAGCCGCUGUCCGACGCGGAGCGCGAGGUCAUCCAGGACACGUGGGGACACGUGUACAAGAGCUGCGAGGACGUGGGGGUGUCCGUGCUCAUAAGGUUCUUUGUGAACUUCCCGUCGGCCAAACAGUACUUCAGCCAGUUCCAGGACAUGGAGGACCCCGAGGAGAUGGAGCGAAGCAGCCAGCUCCGCCAGCACGCCUGCAGGGUGAUGAACGCCAUCAACACGGUGGUGGAGAACCUCCAUGACCCCCAGAAGGUGUCGUCGGUGCUGGCCCUGGUGGGAAGGGCCCACGCGCUGAAGCACAAGGUGGAACCCGUGUACUUCAAGAUCCUGAGCGGCGUGAUGCUGGAAGUGUUUUCUGAGGACUUCCCGGAGUUCUUCACGGCCGAGGUGCAGGUGGUGUGGUCCAAGCUGAUGGGGGCGUUGUACUGGCACGUGACCGGGGCGUACAAGGAGGUGGGCUGGCUCCAGGUCUCCAGCUCAGCAGUGUGAAGCAUGAGAACGGCGUAAAUCAGAAUCCCGUGGACUCAACAGCUAAAUUAUGUGUUUGUGAUUAAAAUGUGGAAGAAGAAGAAGUGGACAUGAGAGGAGAUCAGGGAUGGUUUCACAGACAUGGAUAAGAUUAAUGUGAUAAUAAUAACUUCACUGUUGGACACAUCAUUUCACUCUCCUAAUGCAGUUUUUCCUAAAGUGGUCAAUGCAGUUUUUUCAAACGCUACCGUGAUUAGACAAUUACUGACAUUUGUUGGCUUAGAUCCUGUACAAAGAUUUCAGUACAGUAUAUCGCAUACUGUGUGUGGAAGUGUUCCAUUGGUGUUUUUCUGUGUCUGAGCCAGAGAUUCUUCCGGUGUUUCCACACACUUUAGCUCGGCUGUCCCUUAAAGGACGCGCGGCCUAUUGGAAAAUAAAAAAAAAAAAAGCACCAACUUAAUCUCCUGCGCCUCGCGUUGUCGUUGUCGGUGUUCCAUCAGCAAGCGUUAGACGCACGCAGUAGAUACAGUAGAUUGUCACUUUAAGGAGUUCAUUUCUGUGGAAUCCUGCUGAGAGAGAGGCGGUCGGACGCGCCUCAUGCUGUGAGGAGGGAUUCUUAUUGCUUGUUGAAGCCCAGGCUACGGGACCAUGUAGCUGCUGACUGUUAAUAGAUAGACAGAUAGCGUCCUCCUACAGUAUAUCCUCAUGUGUAGGGGACCGGCCCCUCUCCUUCUCUAUUGCGUGCUCUCAAUGUUUAACUGUGCAGAGGUGUUGCUUGUGUAAGUGUACAGUUGGCGUGUGUGCAUACUGUUCCGCCUUUGUUUACAGCCCACUGGCGCUGAUGGAAUCGCUUUAACGCGCGGAAGGGAGGGGGGGGGGGGGCGUCUGCGAGCGAGAGCGCUUUUCUUCACAGAAACGUGGUUGAGGCGCAUGAUGGCGGCACGCGAGCACCCACACGUGUGCACACGCCCCCGCCGCCAGUAUUUACACCACCGUCGCUUGGUUCACCCCCACCCGAGGGGCGUCGUUCAUCAUCCGGGGCCGCUGCUCGCUGUCAGACUGCACCUCACGUACCCUCCCCUUCACCUGCGCUGCCACUUACAGUCCCCAUAUGCGAGUCUCCCUCCAGUUAAUUCUGUAACGCACGCAGUAAAUCCGUUUAGGACGGACGUUUGAUCCAAUCUCGGGUUCGCAUCUGCUCCACUGACGUCCUGUGUGUCCCAUCAGACCCCCCGCUGCCAUCGGCAUCUGGCAUUAAUGACGACCUAAUGAGUCUCCUCGCCUCCUCAUCAGGUCAUUCAUCUACUGUAACUUCCCAUUACCUCCAUUAGGACCGCGCCACUGAGAGCAAUGGCAAUUAUGACUUAACAGACGGCUUUGAAGCCACCGCGCCACUUAUAAUAAUACCUCACAAACUUCUGCUUCACUUGGAAAAUGAAGAAAUUGCAGAAAUUCACACGUUUUUUUAAUGAUUUAUGUGAUUAUGAUUUGAAUCAGAGAUAAUAAUAAUAGAUAUCUUUCAACAUUCUUAUGAAAUGCAUGUUUCCUGUUGCUAGUGUCUGCAGGUCCCUCCUUUUACCUGACUCUCGACUCGGGCAUCAGAGCUCAGCUGGCAUCAGCUUAUCAAACGCUGUACUUCAUAGACAAACACAUGCACAGCUGAUUCAACCAUCUCGCACGCUAAGCUGCAGUUGUCAUUGUUUUUUUUGUCUAUGCAGUUUUGCUCGUUCAUGUUACACAGUCAUCGUCUGUCUGCAAACAAGGGCAUACGUGGAAGUACACAUUCUGGUUUUUGAAGCGUUUCUGUCAAUUAGUUGAGAAGUUAGGAAUUUAUAUUUUUCUAUAUAUAACUACAAGAAGGACUCGACUAUGUGUAUUUGAAUACUGUAUAUGAGUAUGUAACUGUGUUCUGCUUGUUAGUAGGAGCGAGUGCAGUGGCUUUGCUUGUUUCAUAGUGUUUUGAGCAUGUUUGCACAUGAUGUACCACAGACUUGUACCUUUCAGACCCGAUAAAAUGUUCAAUAAAAUCUUGUCUGUC